ACAACAAAAGAACGCCUAAAAAAUACGUUGUACGCGUCCGAAUGCACAAGUUCUUUACUGUAUCGUAAAUGUUGUUCUAUUGCUCAUCUCCACAACUAACAAGCUAAAUCACAAUCCUUGCACACAAAAUGGCAAAAGCCCCGGCGAAAGAAGAGUACGAGCUGCAGCACUUUAACUUCUCUUUGGAGGAAUUAGUGGCUCAAAAUGCCGAAAUGGUACAGUCCUUGCAGAGCAAACUGCUGUCCCGCUUUACCGAGAAGCUGAUCGAGAAGCGACAGAUCCCGCCGGAACCGGCAGAACGAUUGCGGGCCAGCUGCAACAAAACGGCGCUCGCCAUGUACAGCGACUGCCAGCCCGCGCUGGACCGAUUGAACGCCCUGUUCCGCCAAACCUUCGCCAUCCCGGACAACGUGCUGCUGCCGACGGAUGUGCUACAGUCGCGCGGCUACACGGAGGAGCUGGUCGGUUCGCUCGAGCAGGAGGUACGGUCGGCCAAGGAUGCCGUAAUGCAGGGGGCGGUGUUUAUCGCCUCGCUCGACGCGGAAAUGGAGCUGCAUCGGGCGCUGGAACCGUGCUACCAGGCGGAAGAGGACGUGGUCGAGCUGCUGAAGGAGCUGCAGGAGGAAGAGAUCGACCCGCAGGACGUGUUCGAUAUGGUGAAACGGAUGGAAAUCGCCGGCAUCGUGGAGGGUGCGGACAGCCAAGUGGAUAGUUUGGAGUUUGAAUAGAUUUACAGUGAGAGA